AUGGCUCAGCCGAUGAUGGCUGCGCCGCCGUAUACCCUUCCACUCCCUCCUCCCCCUCCAGCCCUCUCGAUUGUCGACUCGCUCCACCAAAGCCGCCAAACCCUCCUCCGCGACACCUUCACCCUCUUCCGCAGCGCGACUGGGCGUGCCCAGUCCCCUUCACCGUCGCAGACCCCUCACUCGCUCAAGCACUUCGCAACCUCGACCGUCUCGGUCGGCCCGCACGCCUUCUUCGAGACCAAGCUGUACCUCUGCGACUGGUCACCGUCGUCUGCGUCAACUCCGACGAUGCAGCAGGCGACGCUCAACCCGGCUGCGAUCACGCCUGCGCUCAUCGCCCGCCUGAACGCUGCGUCGCAGACGGACCCGGCACUGGCGGACAUCUUGCGCAAGGCGGCUUCGGGACAGGCUUCGUCGGACGAGUUGAGCGGACUCGCGAGGUUGAUCGAGCAGCUGAGGCAGGAGGACGAGGCGGCGACCGCUGCUGCAGCUGCACCCGCCCAACCAGCAGCAGGCAACUCGAACGGCUCUCCUCCCGCACCCGCGCACCCAAGUCUCGUCGUCGAGUUCCACGAGGUCCCGGGCGAGCAGUACCUCAUCCCGGCGCACUACCUCUACACGGCUCUCCCUCCACCGCCCGGCAUGCCCGCCAUUCCAGGGCGUCAAGACGUCCUCCUCUCCUUCUUCAUCUUCCCCGCCGAGCGAUUCCCGCCUCACUCGGCCAAGGGCAAGCACAGGGCGAUGUAUCAGCCCGUGACGGACUUUGAGGCGCCGGUGCCGGUGGAUGUCGUCGUCGAGCAUUGCACGGACUACGCGAGGGACUGCUUGUUCCGCGCUUCGAGGAAUGGACGGCCGAAGGAUAGCAAGCUCGAGGAUUGGUGGAGGCAGAUGAUCAACGCCGUUCCUCACCGCACUCACAUCCUCUACAUCCCGCCCACGCACUCCAUCGCCCCCUCACCCGCGCUCCAAGCUUCCCCACCGCCCGAAGAAGACUCCGCAGCCCUCUCGCGCACAGGCAGUAACCUCGGUACGCCUGGUGCGGCUGGGCUCGCGGGAACGAAGAGGGGCGGCACGCCGAAGGAGGCGUUGGGGCAGAAGAAGGCGAAGGUUGGGUCGGCGGGGAAGGCGGCGCCUGUCAAGCGAUGCGGAGCGCGCUCCAAGUCCUCAACCGCCAUCUCCACACCCGCCGGCGCCUCUCCCUCGCCCGGCCCUUCCUCGCUCGCCGGAUCCCCCGAACCAGCCUACCGCGCCCUCGGGGGCGGCAGGCGAGGCUCCUCGCGCGCCAAGAGCCGAGUCAAGAGUUAUGCGGAGGACGACGAUGACGAGUUUGAAAGGGAGAUGCGGAGUUUGGAGAAGAAGGCCAGGAGGGGGAGUGUCAAGGAGGAGGCGUAG